ACAUAUCUAUCUAGGGGGUAUUUUAAAAUUCAGGUGACUUGACCGGAAUGAAGUGUAUUAUUGGAAUUGUCGUUAUUUUUGGAUUACUGGCUGCACAAACAUCCGGAGUAGCGCUAACAAACCGAGGGCAACGGUGGCCGUGGUUCAGAACCAAAUCUGGACUUCCGGUUGAAGAUUGCGGUGCAACAUACGAUAUCCUCUCGGUUCAGUUUUCCAGCUGCUCCAACAUUCCUUGCGUCAUGCCGCGGGGAACCGACGUGACAGUCGUCGCCGAGUUCAGUGCUACUGGAGCCUCCGCAUUACCAUCUCUGAAGCACGAAGUCUACUUCGUUCUUAACUACGUGAAAACCAAGGCAACGGUUACACCGGCCGCCUGUGAGGGAGCCUACUGUCCGCUACAGGGUGACAUCGGGCUUCGAUUUACUGCCGCCCUGCAUGUGAGUUCCUUGCUACCAGCGCUACGGGGAACGCUGCACUGGGAGCUGCGGAACGAUAACAAAGACGUCUUGCUGUGCUAUGAAAUUCUGAUUACCAUUCGGUGAAAGCUUACUGACUCGACCAGCUACAGCAGCGCCAUAAAAUAGUGCGUUAAGCUUUACGUUACGGAGUGCCAUCUGGAUGGGAGAUUACAGCUUACUGAGAUCGACGUGGUGGCGGCGCUAGAGUCGACCGCUCUUUUAACUGAAAACAAAUGCUCGACGAAAAAUCUAGUCUGUAGAGAAUAUGAAUACUGAUUGUAUAUUUUGAACUAAGAUUUUGAAACCAGAGCGAAGUAAUAAAAUACUUUGUGCAUGCACAAUA